AUGCUUUUGAAGCGGCUGUCCUUCGGUCGCUGGAACGCCCAGAUCCCUGGAACGCCCAAAGGCCCAAGAACGCCCAGAGGCCCUGGAACGCCCAGAGGCCCAGGAACGCCCAGGAACGCCCAGGAACGCCCAGAGGCCCAGGAACGCCCAGAAGCCCUGGAACGCCCAGAGGCCCUGGAACGCCCAGAGGCCCUGGAACGCCCAGAGGCCCUGGAACGCCCAGAGGCCCUGGAACGCCCAGAGGCCCAGGAACGCCCAAAGGCCCAGGAACGCCCAAAGGCCCAGGAACGCCCAAAGGCCCAGGAACGCCCAAAGGCCCAGGAACGCCCAAAGGCCCAGGAACGCCCAGAGGCCCUGGAACGCCCAGAGGCCCUGGAACGCCCAGAGGCCCUGGAACGCCGAAAGGUCCAAGAACACCCAGAGGCCCAGGAACGCUGUGGGAUCCUCUGA